CCCAAACGACACCGUUCGAUAGUUUCUUUCCCUUCCUCAGUUCUUUUACCAAUGGCAAAUUGCCCGCAGAAAAACACGAAAACAAAAAAAGAAGAAGAAAUUUAAAAAAAGUACAAAUCUGAAGAAAAAUCUAAGCAAACAAAUCCAAAACAAAGCAUCUCAUUACAUUGUUAUUCACAACAAAAAGCUCAUAGCUUUGGCUUUUUUUUCUAUACACGUACAUAUGUUAAUGCAUGUGUUUGGAAACUACAAAGAUGAAUAAAACUAGGAGGAAUAUGGGAAAGAACACAUGAAACUGAGCUACCCCUCAAUGUUCUUUCCUUUUUAAAUCCAUUUUUGAGCACAAAUAUGGCUGAUGAUUUUUGUUUUUUCACCAAGGACUCGUUCAUCAUAAAGCCACCAAAGACAUCUCCGAUGAUGCUGAGAAUGGUUGUCUUUAUCUUUGCAAUGGUAUGUGGAGUUUAUAUAUGUUCAAUCGGCCUGAAACAAAUUGGUGUGAGUUCUAGUGGACGGUUAUUAAGUAUUCAUGUGGUUGAAAAGCCAUGUGAGGCAACUGAUAUUGAACCUUCAGAAAAACCAUAUGUGCACUUUCCCAAGCCAAAGACUUUUAGCCGGGCUGAAUGUGCUUGCAAUCCUGUAAGGUAUUUUGCAAUAUUAUCGACACAGAGAUCUGGUAGUGGCUGGUUUGAGACAUUGUUAAACAGUCAUAUGAAUAUAAGUUCUAACGGGGAGAUUUUUUCUGUUAAAGUCCGGAAAAGUAAUGUGUCAACAAUUUUGGAAACUCUGGACAAACUUUAUAACCUAGACUUUUUGACGAGUGCUUCCAAGAAUGAAUGUACAGCUGCAGUUGGACUCAAGUGGAUGCUUAAUCAGGGUCUGAUGCAGCAUCAUGAGCAAAUUGUUGAAUAUUUUAAAACAAGAGGAGUUUCUGUUAUUUUCCUCUUCAGAAGAAAUCUAUUGCGCAGAAUGGUUUCGAUGCUAGCAAAUUCCUAUGAUCAGAAUGCCAAGCUGUUAAAUGGAACCCACAAGUCUCAUACGCAUUCUCCCAAGGAGGCUGAGAUACUUGCAAGUUACAAGCCCACGAUUAACACAACUUUGCUGAUCCCCAACCUGAAGCAAGUAGACGACAUGGCUAUAAAAGCUGUGGGAUACUUCAAUAGCACUCGACAUACUAUAUUGUACUACGAGGACAUAAUAAAGAAUCAAACAGUAAGAGUUCGCAUAUUCUACCAUGCUUACUUUGUUCAUUUUGUUCAUUGUGCUUACUUUUCUAAUUUGCCAUUUUCCUCACAGAUACUAAACGAUGUUCAAGAUUUCCUGAAAGUUCCUAGAAGGGACCUUCAUAGUCGUCAAGUGAAGAUACACAAGGGACCAUUGUCUUCACAAGUUGAAAAUUGGGUUGAUGUUGAAAAGACUCUCAAGGGAACGCCGUAUGAAAGCUUCCUACAUGCAGAUUACAAAAUAUAGAUUUGCAGUCGUCGUGUACAGAUGUAGCUUGUGUUGUUCAACUCAAUUCUUUCAUUGUUUACUGUUAGGAGAAGCUCUACCACUUGAUCUUAGCCAAAAGGCCGAGAAAGGUAUACUUGUUAGCAGAUUUUGGUAGCUGCAGAUUGUCUUCUAGUUCUGCCAUACCAGAUAAUGAGUGUUGUCUUGAUUUUAACAUUAAGUAGAAAUUUACUUGAAAUUUAUUUGCUUUUCGACAAGUUAGGAACUUGUAACCGAUAUGAUUAAAAAUAUUUGCUAAUUUGGUUAUCAAUAUUUCUUCCCUUUCUCCUUUCAGAAAGGCAGGAGUAAUUAAGUGUUGCCUU